GUAACUUAAAGAGUAAGGGGCGAAACACGGGGGUGGAACUAUAACAAUCGAUAAUAAUACUCGCAACUGUGAGAUGGAAGCGAUCUCUUCGAGGAAACAGCUGAAGACUUCGUUGCGUGUUUAGCAGAAAGCGACCAGUUGGUUGGACCGGUUCGACCGGAAAGGGGAAAAUCAAAAUAAAAUUCCUUUCACUCACGGGGGCCUUAGAGGAAAUGAAGAAUGCCCUGGUCAUCGGACGGGAGUGGGGGCGGGGAUGGGGUUGGCACUUGUCGGCUGGUGGGCGUGGCGAAGGUCUUCGAUUCACCUCUUCCUGACAGUUGGGAGGAAGUGGGCGAGGUAUCCGAGUUGGUUAUCUAUCCAGUCAAAUCUGCUCGCGGCCUCCGACAAGAAGAAGCACAGGCGGGGAUCUAUGGACUGACCUCGGACCAUCUGGAAGACAGAGCCUUCAUGGUCAUCAACGCAGAGGGCACCUUCGUCACAAGCAGGCAAGCAGGGCGUCUCUCCACUGUCGUGACUGAGUGGGAAGGUCACACCUUAACCUUGAAAUUUCCGGGUCAUGAGGACGUUUCAGUCGACGUAGGAAAUGGCCUCAGAGACAGACCGGUUGUGGUAUCAAAAUUUCGGGGCUUGAAACUCAAAGGCCUAGACUGCGGGGACGAAGUCUCAGCCUGGCUCUCGAGAACCUUACACGAUGACGAGGAGAAAGUGAGACUGAUAUUCAAAGGAGACUUGGUUGAAGACAGACCAGCAGAAAGACCGAAGGUUAAACACGAAUUCACGCAGUACAACAAAACAGACCGAGCCGUGUAUACAGAUGAUAGCAGCUACCACCUGGCCUGCCAAUCUUCGCUGGAGGACCUGAACGCCCGUCUGGACGUGCCCGUCUCGAUGGCCCAUUUCCGCCCAAAUAUCGUGGUCAGCGGAUCGGAGGCUUACGAUGAGGACGACUGGGCCUACGUCAAAAUAGGCGAAGUGAUUCUCAGGCGACUGAAGCCAUGCGAGAGGUGCCUACUGACGACAGUUGACCCAGUCAAAGGAGAGAGAAAUGAAAACAUGGAGCCCCUCACUACAUUAAAGAAGUACCGGCUGCUGAAGGAUGCCCCUCCGGAAUUAGCUACAGCUUGGAAGUCGAAGCCUAUCUUUGGCGUCACAAUGAGCAUCGACACCACAGGAAGAAUCGCUGUUGGAGACAAGGUCUUCGUUGCCAGGGCUUCCGUCUACCCUCAGUUCAGAGGGUACUGAGGUUUCUUCGGAACGAAUUGAGGGAAAUUGAGUUUUUUUUAGAACUUCUUGAAGAAAAUUUAGCUUUUUUCAGAACUACUUCAAUAAAAUUUAGUUUUCUUCAGAACUGGUUGGAGAAAAUUGAGCUUUUUUCAGAACUACUUCAAGAAAAUUGAGUUUUCUUCAGAACUGGUUGGAGAAAAUUGAACAUUUUUCAGAACUGCUUGAGGAAAAUUAAGUUUCUUCAGAACUACUUGAAGAAAAUUGAGCUUUUUUUCAGAACUACUUCAAGAAAAUUAAGUUUUCUUCAGAACUACUUGAAGAAAAAUGAGCUUUUUCCAGAACUACUUGAGGAAAAUUUAUUUUUCUUCAGAACUACUUGAGGAAAAUUUUGCUUCUUCAGAGGUAUUGAAGAAAAUUGAAUCUUCUUCAGAUCUACUUCGAGAUCUUUUUUUUUUAGAACUACUUGAAGGAAAUUGACGUUCCUUUCUUCAGAACUACUUCAAGAAAAUUUACAUUUUUUUCAGAACUAUUUCCAACAGUAACACACAACAGUAUUCGAGCAACUCUUGACAGUCCCAUUGUUGUUCUAGAUGACAGCAUUUACGACUAUAGUAGAUUCACAUCACCCGUGCAUCUGAUGUCUAGGCCAGUCAGUCCCUUACGAAGCUCCUGAUUGGCUGUUGAUAAGCCAAUCACAGGCCUUGAAGCUCACAGUCUCUCGAGAGAGUUCACAUAGGCAGGAUGUAUGUUCCAUCUCUCCUGAGGGAUGCUUUUGAAAGACGUAUCCCUCAGGAGAGUUGGAACAUACAUCCUGCCUAUGUGAACUCUCUCGAGGGAGACUGAGAGUUUCCAGCCCUGUGAUUGGCUUAUCAACACCCAAUCAGGAGCGUCGUAAGGGACUGACAUAGACAUCAGAUGCACGGGUGAAGUGAAUCUACUAUAGACUUGCUGAAUAUGUCAUGAAUCGCUCGCUGCCAAAUGCAAAAACUAUAACUGAACACCCAAAUACCGCUUCUCAAUGUGCAUGCAUGUUGUCAGAAUAUCUUGAUGUUUACUGAAAAUAGUUGCAGAUGUCUAUGAAAUAAAAAAAUAUCUUUA